UUUUUGUGAAAUCCACGACUAAUUUUAAAACGAGAUGUUAAAAUAUCUGUUUCGGAACGCAUGUUCCUUUUCGACGAAUAGCGGGCAACGGCCAACUGUCAUGUUCAUUGUUGUCUGGAAAUGUACCUAUUUUUUUGUAUAUUUUUCUUAUAUUUUUUUUUGUUUUAUUUCAAGUUCUAAAAAGAACUAUUAUAUUUAAAUCCCAUUAAAUAUAUAUUAUUCUUAAGUAGUAACAAGAUUGUUUAUUUUUAAAAUAAUUUUUACGCAGGGAAAUUAAAUUGAAACAUCAAAGGUUUCUCCGUGAUAAAUUUCCCCGUGAAAAUUUGAUCAAAUCGUGAUCCUGAAAGUCGCAGUCAAUGUAAUUUCCUCAGGAUCGCCCUCAAAAAACGACGACUGUCUAUCGCUCGCGUAAACAAAUCUCUGAGGAAAUUUCCUCGAUGCAAUAUCCGGUGAAUACGGGAUUGGCUGGAUUUCGCGGCAUUUUGCACACCGGCCAAUAGGCGGCUGUCCCGUUCGCGGAUCGACUAAUCACGCAGGCUCGUAGCUAGCGGGCUCGAUUUAAACCAAUGCUGCAUCCGGUGUCUGCCGCCGACACAUCCUGCGCGAAAACCCGGGAACGGGCUAGAAGCGGGCCGACACCUGCGCAGCAUCCCUUCAGACGCUCCAAGAUCGCAUCUCGCGAAAAGUAAUGAUUAUUUCGGUGUACGGGCGUCUAGUUCCCGUCGCUCCCGCCGCGGCGCUGGCUCCGCACGGCAGUCAUCGAUGUACGUACCUCGAUAUAGAGGCCGAGAUAAAACGCAAUUUUAGCGGUGGAAAUUGAAAAAUUGCGGAUGUAACGCGCGACGAGCGAUUUAAAACAGACCUAGUAUCGUCUCGGUCUGAACAAGUGGUUCGAGUCCGGUGUUCGUGCCGUUCGUACGCACCUCCAUAUUACCGUGCAGUGGCAUGGAGGACGGGAUUGCGUGAAUCGUUUCACUAAGAUGUGCGAGUGGCCAGCGAGUGCGAACUGGCGGCCGUCCAACAGUGGGUCGCGUCGCUCGCCGUGACAUCGUAAACUGAACGUUUGUUAUGCCGUGCCGUGGCGCGAGAUGCCCUGACACCCGCGAUCUAAUCUCCCCCUAAUGGCGCUCGACAAAGUACUGUUAGCUCUGAUCGUACUCGCCGUCGUGUACGCGGACUAUGAGAUCCAAGCGAAAGCUAAGGCGAAGGCCUUGGAGGAGAAAAAGGAGGUCCAGCGCUCCCGAUCCGCGCUGCCCGAACCGGUGCGCGGAUCGUUCCAGAAGCUGAGCAACCUGAUGAAUAGAACCGACCCGGCCAGCGGGCGGAGGCGGAAACAAAAUUUGAACAAAUUCCUGGAAAUGAGCCGUAGACACGACGACAUGAUGAACGAUAACGAAGGCGCGAUCGCUGUGAAGCAGAAGAUUUAUUCCGACAACGACACUAACUCUCUGGCGCACAAGAUGAAGGUGCUCCGUGCUCAGGACUUAUCCCAGUACGUGCCGCCGACCGACAACAGCUUCGUGCCGCAAGUGACCGGCGUGUUCUGUAACUUCGAGAGGCGGAACGGGUCGGACAUUUGCAUGUGGCAGUGGAACACCACGGUGUCGAGCCACGGGUUAGGGUUCGGGGUGGUGAACGCGGGAGACGUCGCAGAGCUGAACAUCACUACCAGGGGACUGAGGUUCUCUGGACCGGCGUUCGAUGCUGAUGGGAAGCAGGAAGGUCAUUUCCUGUACCUUCCAGUAGACCCUUCAAUGGAGAAUAUGGUGAUAAAAUCACCACCAUUCCCAGGCCUGUGGGAGUUUUGUAAGUUCGAAGCCAGACUACAUCAGAGCAAGAUGCAAAACGCCACCAUCAGACUGGUCUCCGAAUCAACGCAGUCUGGAGUUCAGUUGAUUUUACAGGAGAUCGCUGGAAGCAAUUCAGACUCCUGGCAGCCAAUGAGCUUCAUGAUCGGCAAGGUGCAGCAGGAGGUGCGCAUCAUCAUCGAGAUCAGCCGGCCGAGCUCCGUGAGCCUGCUGCACACGCUGCCGCACAUCGCGCUGGACAACAUCCGCAUGGUGGAGUGCUUGCCCGAGCCGCCGGUGGGCGGGGGCGAGUGCCAGCUCCAUCAGCACAAGUGCAGGAUCAUGAAUAAGGAGUCGUGCAUCAAAUUGCAGCAGGUCUGCGAUUUGUUGAAGGACUGCGAUGAUGGAAGUGAUGAACAUCAGAAUUGUGAUAAAAUGCCUUUUGGAUCUUAUUGCAAUUUUGAAACGGAUGCCUGUGGAUUCGAAAAUGUACCACAGCCAAUCUUAAAAUGGUCGCGCCACAGCGGACCAACGCCCACUGACAAGACCGGUCCCAACUACGACCAUACGUGCGGGCCACCAGCAGUCCACACCACCAUCAACCCUCGGAUCCCCUUCUCCCCCGCGCACAUCAACUACACCAUCGCCUGCGUCGGCUUCUACUUCUUCGUCAACAUGAACGUCACUGGCCCCAACAAAGAGAGAGCCGACUUCGCGUCAACCGCUGUCAUGAAGACCGUCGUAUUCAACCCCCCACCUAAAGUGCAUGGGGACAUCAACUCAAGAUACUACAAUUGUUGUAUGAUAAGGUUCUACUACCAACAAAACGGGAGGAACACCGGCUCCCUGAGCGUCGACGUGGUGGAGAUGACCCCGCGCGGCAACGUCACCACUUCUCUGUGGUUCUCUACCAAAGACAAAGGGGAGAACUGGCUCAGGGCGGCCAUAUUUUUGCCGAACAUAACUAGACGAUACUACUUCCUGUUCAAAACCCGCAUGGGCAUGAGGAUAUACUCGGACGCCGCCAUCGACGACUUCUCGAUGGCGCCCGAGUGCUUCGGCCUCAACGUCAACGCGACCGAGCUCGGCGACUACAACUACUACGACCCCGUGUUCGAGGAGAAGACUACUCCGCACAACGACUUCGCUGACGUUCAAUAUUACCGUUUCUCGACAUGCAACGCUACUGGGCGCUUUGGUCCAAACCAGACGAUGUGCGACGCGGCCUACAACAGCACGCCCGCUGACGUCACAGUACUGACGGCGCCGCCCUUCGCCGGCAUACAAGUGUGGGAGGUGCCCAGCGAAGGCCUCUACACUAUCUUGGCGACGGGCGCGUCGGGCGGGCUGGGCUCCAUGUGGGCGGGCGUGUCUCACGGCGCGCAGGCGCGGGGACUGUUCGAGCUGCACAAAGGCGAGCGGCUCUACAUGCUGCUGGGCCAGCAGGGGACCAACGCGUGCAAGAAGACACUGUCAGCUCAGGAGAGCCAGGAGUGCUCCCGGCGGGAGACCAACGACACGCUCCUGUUCACCAGCAAGACGCACGCGGUGCGGAACACACAUGUCACCGACGGCGGCGGCGGCGGGGGAGGCGCCACCUAUGUGUUUCUGGUGGACAGAGAAGGGCAGAAAAUACCCUUGCUGGUCGGCGGAGGGGGCGGCGGGCUGUCGGUGGGGGUGUUCCGUGACGACGGCUCGCAGCACGCGCGCGGACGCACUAACGCCUCGGCAGAGUCCGGCUACAUGUACGGACAACCUGGACGUACCUCUGGUGCUGGAGGCGGCUGGCUAUCUCGCUCCGGGCCCAUAACGCCGGGCUUCGAGCUGAUCCGGGGCUUCUCACUAGCAGAUGGAGGUCUGGGUGGCGUGGCGUGCAACGGCGGCGCGCAUGGUGGCUUUGGUGGCGGCGGCGGUGGGUGCUUGCGUGGUGGCGGUGGAGGCGGCUGGGUCGGUGGCAGCACGCACGACGGGGAGGGCCUGCACGGCGGCGGCGGCUGGUCGUACGUGGACACCACGCGCGGCGUCAACGACUUCAGCGACGUCAACAUGGCGGCGCGCACCGGCCCGGGGGAGGUGCUCAUCGUGCCCGCCAUACACAAAUGUGGCUGCAACUACCGCUGCGUCGCCAUGAACGAAUACCGCAGUGAAGUGAAAUGCUACUGCCCUUCGGACUGGAUCACGGAUGAGAAUGACCCCACUAAGUGCAUAUCAACAUCGGCGUCGUCGGACGACCCUUGGUACGAGAACUGGAUGGUGAUGUGCAUCGUACUCGGAAUCAUCGUGGUCAUUUUUAUCGGCAUCGUAUUGUUCUUUUCGCUGCAUGUCUACAACAAAUACCAGAGAGAGAAAGAAGCCGACAACAUGCAGAAGCAGUACCGCCAGCAAGAGCUGCAGCUUCACCGCCUGAGGCCUGGCACCGACAACUCUUUGAGCAUGGCCUUCAACCCUCACUAUGGCGGCGAGAGUUUCUUACCCCAGGGGGUCGAUGUCAGGGGGCUGCCGAAGGUUGCCAGGGAGAGUUUGAAACUUGUCAAGGCUUUAGGUCAAGGUGCCUUCGGUGAAGUGUACCAGGGCUUGUACCGGCACCGCGCUGGUGACAGCGUGGAGAUGCCCGUCGCAGUCAAGACUCUGCCGGAGCUGUCGACGGGGCAGUCGGAGUCAGACUUCCUAAUGGAAGCCGCUAUCAUGGCCAAGUUCAACCAUCCGAACAUAGUACACCUAAUUGGAGUUUGCUUUGAUAGACAUCCCCGGUUCAUAGUACUAGAGCUGCUGGCGGGCGGGGACCUGAAGAACUUCCUGCGCGAGAGUCGCCCGCGGCCGGAGCGAGCCAGCGCGCUCACCAUGAAGGACCUGCUGCUGUGCGCCAUCGACGUGAGCAAGGGUUGCAAGUAUUUGGAGGCCAGGAGAUUUGUGCACAGAGAUAUAGCAGCUCGCAACUGUUUGCUAACUUCACGCGGUCCCGGUCGUGUCGUGAAGAUAGCCGACUUCGGCAUGGCGCGCGACAUCUACCGGUCCGACUACUACAAGAAGGGCGGUAAAGCCAUGCUGCCCAUCAAGUGGAUGCCGCCGGAGUCGUACAUAGAUGGGAUUUUUACUGUUAAAACUGAUGUUUGGUCGUACGGGGUGCUGCUGUGGGAGGUGUUCUCGCUGGGCAUCAUGCCGUACACCGGCUGCGCCAACCGAGAGGUCAUGCAGAUGGUCUCCGGCGGGGGUCGGCUGGAGCGACCCCACGGGUGUCCCUCGGACGUGUACCGGUUGAUGUGCGAGUGCUGGAACCCGGCGCCGACGGAGCGGCCGUCCUUCGCGGCCAUGUACGACCGGCUCAUGAGAUUCGUACAGGAUCCAGAGAUAACAAACGCGCAGCUGCCAGUGAUGCGCUCGCUACUGGUCCCGAUGGAGUCGUUCUCCGAGCCCAACGGGCCGCAGCGCUCUGCGGGUGACUACCUCGUGCCCCUGUCGCGCCUGGACCAGCCGGCUGACGAUAGCUCAACGGAUCCGUUGGAACUGGAACCUCAUAGCAAAUCGCCAACGGCGGCACCGGAGAAGUCAGAAAUGGAAGAUUCACAAUUUCCACCUCUUCUGAAAGCAUCACAAGAAUAUGGCAACAUUCCAACGGCGUCGCUGGGCGGGAGCGGAAAGCGCGACGAGCCCACUUCGACUGUUUCCGCCGCCGAGACAAAGAACAACACAACAUUUCUUCCGUCUAACUCCACUGAUAGAUUGCUAAACUCUGCGGACUGCGCGUCUAUGGACGAAGACACGGCCUCUGAGACGGACGACAGACCUGUCAUAUGGGAGACCUCCUUCACCGAUCUAAAACCGAGCGGGAUUGUUGACGAUACCGCGCCGCCUACAGUACCCGGACCUAUUGUUGAUAAAUUGAUAAGCAUAACUCCUACUUCACCGAAACCACCAGAGAACAUACUGUCACAGGCACUAGACUCGCCGAUUAUAGACAGGACAAAUAAGAACACCCUCGCCCCAGAGAGAAAAACCGCGCCAAUCGCAUCCCCCGACCCCCCGCGAAUAAACGCAUGGAACAGCAGAGAACCACCGAAGCUAAUUACGAAAGCAAAACCCCUGUGUCUAGACGCAGCACAGUUAGAACAGAACCUUAACGCUUUAAAAAAGAACAGCGGUUCAGUUAAUCUAACAACAAUGAACUCUAUGAAGGUGCUCCCACCGUACAUAAACGUCGUCACCCCAAAUAAGCUGUCCGAGUCAAAGACAAUACAGAUAGAUCCGAAGAAAGCAGUCAUACCCUGUCUCCAGUCCCCCAACGAACCAGAGAUGGAGGAGAAGGGGAAACUCAAACAGUCGAGUUCGGCUGCGAGUUUACUCAACGGCCCAAUGACAGAUGUCCCCUACGCUGACAGCGACAACGCGUCGUCCAGCUCGGGCAGCAACGCGCAGAACCAUCUCAACAACCAGAAGAACCAAAAGAACAACGUGUACACGGAGGUAGUUGUUGGAAAUGGUAAAAAAAUCACAAAACAGGGUAGCAAGGCAAGUAACGGAGAUUACGGUGAAACAGAAAUUAGUUGUUAAGAAAACAAAGAUGGCCGCCGUAGGACGCUCUUUAGUGAUACGAAAAAUUUCGGUUGUGGUAGAUAAACUUAAAAUGGGGAGGUAGGUUACAUGAUGUGCGAUUAUGUUGUGUGAAGCUUUUUGUAUGUUUCACUAUUUGUUUGUAAGGUGUGAGAGACCAAAGACUGUUUACUGAACUGUAGAAUGUUAAUGUGAUUGUGAGAGUUACGAUCGCUGUUGACCCUGUCUCGCUCGCACAAAUGUAUAAAGUCCUCUCUCUAUCCUUGUCGACGUCCAUAAAUUAUAGACUUCAGAGCGUUACAUAUCUCCUCUUUUUAUGUUUACCUAAGGUUGUGGAGCAGUGCAGUGUAGUGCCGCCGUUAAAAAAAAAGACUCAUUUUUAAAUAAAUUUAAGACAGCCACUAUGUAAAUAUUAAUAUUAAAAAUGAUAAAAACAAUAUAAUUAAUGUAAGUGCAAGUAAAAAAAACAUUGAGUGUGAAUUUCGACUUUAUGACUUUAUUAUAUUAUAAGCUGUUGUUUGUUUGACAUUUGUAAUUUUUAAUCUGUAAAUUAUUGUUUAAGUUGUAAAAGUUUAAUUUUCAAGAUGGCUUCCUAAUGCUUAGUAUUUAUAAAUAGUUCGUCAUAUGGUUGCUCAAUUUGCUCAAUCUGUUGCCAAUUUAGUACAAUAAAUAUAUAAUAAUAUAGAUUUUUCUACUUAUCUAUUUAUUCAAGCGAAAUAUGUUUUAUUUGUUUAUAUUUUUAUACAUUACAAAUGGCUUUUGUUAGCAGGAGUUUUGAAAUGUUUGAUCGAUUUGAAUGAACUCGAUUCGAUUAUUUCAAAACAAAAACUAUUAUAAACGUCAAGAUAGACAAAUAUUAGUUUUUAAGAUAAAUCUAAUGGAAUAUAAAAUUUUAUAGUGUCACCAUUCGAUUUCCGCCAUUUUCUGAUAUUUUCAGGGGUCCGUAGUGAAUUUCCGCGACGUGUCAUAGUCACUUAAUUAAAAUAAAGAGUUAAAGCUGUAACUUAUUUUGUUACAAGUAGAUACUUUUUUUUACAACUUUUACAAUUUCAGUUCCUAUACUCAUUUAGCCAUGAGAUAUUAUAGUGUGAACGAGUCACUGUAAUAUCCCAUACACUUUACACUCACCAUUCCUUCACUCUCUUAUUUCUAAGGGACGGUAUAAUACGUCAAAAUGGGACAGUACUACGGCUCAUUGUACUCUCCCAGGCACGGACUACGGAACCAUAGUUUAGAAACUGUUCGGUUAAUAUUUACAUAAAAUAUUGUAUUUAUUUUAAACCAUUAGGAUAUUAUUUACCAUUAGAAAUUAUAUUUAUAAUGGAGAAUAUUUAUACUUUAUCAUAUCAGUUAUGCAAAUUCUAUACAUACCUAGUUACAUUUUGAAUAUACGGCUCUAGCUCACUUAUAAACAUGAAUGUUUCAUUUUUUAAAAUAGUCAUGUUUAAUUUUAAAUGCUUGACUAGGUUGGUACGAAUAAUCAAACGGGCGGGGAUCGAAAUCAAGUUUAUAUAACUAAUUAAUAACUAGUUUUUUUUAAUUGGGCUUAUAAAAUAACAUUAAUAAAGCAUAAAAAAUAGAUUACCGGGCGUUGGCGUAACCAGAGGUCGAAAAUAAAAAAAAUUUCCUCCGCGAUAGAAAAAAAACUCCUUACCCACCCUGGAUCCGCCACUGUAUGUGUUCAGUUCAGUUUACUGCAACCAGAAAUAAAAUAAUUGCAUUGUAUUCAUACCUUUGUUAUAUUUCGUUUUUUAUUUGGAAUAACCAAUAUGAAUUUAUACCAAAUUUUGUAUUAGGAACUUGGAUAAGUACUCGCUGUUUUUUAAUAUACGCCAUUACCAGCACUAUGUGCAUGGAAUUCCGGAUCGUAAUUUCUCUGUCAGACCUACUGUAAUCUUGAACUACAAGGUAUUUUAGUUUGCCAUAGUGAAAACCAUGGUUUUAUUUGGCUCUAAGCAGGUUUUGUACGAAAUAUAGUAUAUUUGGGGGGAAUAUUAUUGCAUCACUUUAUUGUAGAGUAACCAAAAACUAAAUUCUUGUUGAUACUUGUGACGACAAUGCUCUACACACAGAAACCGGCAUCGACGUUACAAAUACAAAGAUUUUAAACUUGAGGAUACAGCAAUAGCCGUCCUAUUACUGUAUCGAAAAAGAUAAGAGACACAAUAUUGGUUGAUCAAAACCUAUAUCAGACUUGAGUAGAACGUGGGAAAUCAUAACAAGUAGAUCAGUCAACAGUUUCAAAACAUCUGAAAACGUCAUUAUUUAGGGAAAUGUUCCAGCAGCAAGUAUUAAAUAUUAUGUAUGUCAUAUGUGUUGAAGCCAAAAGACGUCAAAUAGCGUUUACACCUAUGAACUACUGCUUCAAUGGCAGAAAAUGAAAGGUUUCUUGCAUCGAUUCCUGACUAGUAAGGAAAUGUGGAUACAGUACAACAAUUAAUCGCAGAUAAUUAUGAGGAUAAGCUCGGAUUUUUGUCAACAUGGUUAGCAAAUCCAAGUAUCCAUGUUUCGAAGCUUCUUCUCCACAUUUGAUGAAAUCAGCAAGUUGCUUAUUACGAGCUGGUCAAAACUGAAUAUAACGAGAGAUCACUAACGACUUCAAUUGACACUUUUAAGUACAACAUUAUGAAGAAAUAUGUUCGCUAUUAAAGCAGAAGUUACAUGAUAACGCUAUGCCAAUGUUACCUAACCAGCUAGAACCUAACGAAAACGAUAAAAAGGGGAAAUACCCCACCCACAUUCAGUAUCAGCAUUCACAGGACAUCUCUCUCUCCAAAUAAGUGCAUAUUCCAGUCGAUAGCAUAUGAUCAGGCAUGGCAGCGUGUGUCAGCGUCCCCAUUCAUAUGAAGAUACCCGAAACUGGGUCGAUUCAUAGAAAUUCAAGGUUUUUGAUCUGGAAUUCAUAUACGGCUCUAAAGAAACAGUGCAGUGCGACAAUGGACAUUACUUUCAGUUAAAUGUUAUUAGGUAGCACCUUGAAUUUUAAAUAAAGCAUUUGAUUUUGCCAAAAACAGAGAGAACUCAUACAAGCUCCUAUGUUACGAGUAUAUUACCCACUAAUUUUACGCGGUUUAAAUAUUAGGUUCCAAAUGUUUUCUAUUAUAAAUCAUAUAUAUAAAGGUAGACAGGCACGCUUUUCAUAUUUGUAAAUAGUUUUUAUAUAUAAUAACAAAUACGUAGAUUUUUAUGUAAUUCCGGCCCCUGGAUAGGUUGGAACAAGAUACAUAAGCACAUAAAAAUAAAUAUAGAUAAUAGAUAUAUACAUUUACAUAGAAUAUAAUUGGUUAUAUAUACAUAAAUAUAUAUAUAGAGUUAUUUAUAUGAAAACUGUGUUGUUAAAUGUAAAAAUGGACGCCCGGCGCGUCUAAUUUUCUCAUUCUUAGAUAUUUUAAAAUGAAUUUAUCCCGUCGGCAUUAGAAGAAAGCUAACAUAUAAAACUCUAUAAACAAUAGUAUUAUUAUUAUGAAAAAUAAAAUAUAUAUGUAUAUGUUAUAAUGACAAAUGUGUGUACAUCACAUAUAUGGAUGCUUUAAUUAAAUAUUAAGAUAGGGUUUAAGAGAACACUAUGGUUUUUGUUUCGAUUAUAUUCUGUUAAUUAUAUUUUGUUAAUAUCAGAGUAGUGCCAGGUUGAUUAAGUAUAUGGCGAAGCAUUUAUGUAUGUUUUGGGGCAUGAAAUGACAGGGUAUCGUGUUAUGUUUUUUGUUUUUUGAGAAAUCUGAUUAGAACGAAGCAUGAUGCCACGUAUUAAUUAGCAUGCAUAAGUAUCCUAAUAUUUUACUUAUAAAAUGUUUUUAGGCAAGAUUUUGAUAGCAUAUUUUACUGACCUGAAUUACAUACCUACUGUAAUAAAACGUAAUUUACAUUUUAUAACUUAUUGAAAAUCAAAAUAUCAUACACCACACAUUCCACCACUGCUUCGGAAGGAUAACAUCAAGAUGACGUCAUAACACAAAAUUAUGACGUCAUCUUGGCGUCCGUAGACGAUCGACCGAUAAUGUAGCGCCCUUUUACUCGCGUACCAGUCCAACGCCUAGCGCCGCCCCUGGACAUUGGCGAUUAUAGAUAAUGCUAAUUUAUGUAUGCAUUAGUAUGUAACGUAUAUGUAAUCUAUUAUUUAUUAUUGCACUAUCCAUUUUCUAUAACUCGAUUCUUAAAUUGCGGGUUGUCUACUAUUAGCGAUAAGACCGUCUUCGUGCAUAUUUACUUGAUGAAUAUUGUUUUAUUAUACAUAUAUUUUUUUUAUUUUUUGUUGUUAUGUGCAAUAAAGAAUAUAUCUAUCUAUCUAAAUAGACACCCGAUCGAACGAUUUAUAGGUAUAAAAAAAAUAAGCUCAUCUCCCAUCGCGACGCGUAUAACACAUAACCAGGACCUCGCGGUUUCUUCUAAGUAGCUACUUCUUACUCCCGCGGUAAUAUGGGGAUAAAAUUUAACCUUAUCAGCCGAUAUUCGUCCACUGCUGGACAUAGGCCUCUUGCAUGGACCUCCAAGCACAACGGUCUCGAGCCGCCAGCAUCCAGCGGCUCCCUGCAACCCGCUUGAUAAGCUCGGUCCACUUUGUGGGGGGUCGACCGACACGACGCUUUCAGGUGCGGGGUCGCCAUUUCAGUACCUUAGGACCCUAACGUCCAUCGGCUUUUCGGACUGUGGCUUGCCCAUUGCCACUUCAGAUUUGCGACUCGCUGAGCUAUGUCAGUGACUUUGCUUUGUCUGCGGAUCUCGUCAUUCUUGAUUCGAUGACGUAGAGAAACUCCAAGCAUAGCUCGCUCCAUCGACCGCUGAGUGACUUUGAGGAUCAACGAUCUAAUGGGAUUAUCUAAUCUAUACUAAUAUUAUAAAGCUGAAGAGUUUGUUUGUUUGUUUGUUUGAUUGAACGCGCUAAUCUCAGGAACUACUGGUCCGAUUUGAAAAAUUCUUUCUGUGUUAGAUAGCCUAUUUAUCGAGGAAGGCUAUAGGCUAUAUAUUAUCCCCAUACUUCUACGGGAACGGGAACCACGCGGGUAAAACCGCGCGGCGUCAGCUAGUGGGAUUAUAAAAACUGUAACUGUAGAAUCGAUGUUUCAUAAAGAACUCCGUAAAAUACCUUUUUGUGUAGUUGGUAUGGUGUAAAAAGCGGUCAACAACUUCUAGUUUAGUAAAACACAUAUAGCUCGUUUUCCUUGAAAAAAUUAUAGACAAUUUUGUUUGUGAAUUUGGGUGCGAUACUAGUCCAUGUGUAAUUAGUCCGAGUUCGUAUCCAAUAACGAUUAUUGAAGACAUUUCAAGUAAAAUAAAACUUAAAGGGUUUUUAGAUAGCAUGGGAUUUUGCCGCGAUUCACGAUAAUAGUACGUGUUAUGAACGUCUUAAGGCAACUGUUACCUUACCCAUGCUAUCUGAAAAACACUUCAAUGCUAUUUCUAAUUACACAUAUAAAUACUGGUACGGGUAACUGUUUAAAUAAUUUUUAUGGCUAGUUAAUACGUGGUUUCAUUAACAUUCGCGUCAUUUAAAAUCAACCUUACUAAUUCUUGUUUAUUUGUAUAAAUGCAUAUUAAUAUAUAUAAAGCGUGUUACAGACCUUCAGUUUUAGCGGUGCAAUUUUAUCUAAUCGAAAUUUCAUUAUUGAAAAACUGUACUUAUGCCUACACACGGAUGUUUUAACUGCACAGUUAAAACUGCAGGUCAAUAGCCAGCAGUAUGUACCUAUUUUUGUAUUUUUACCGUAAUAUUGUAAAGUAUGGCUGUUGAAAGAAUGCUUCUGUAGAUCCAAUACACGAUGUAGGUAACUUCAAAGUUGAAUUUGUGAUUAUAUCAACUCAUACUAACUGUUUAGUUUUGUGACCGUAUCUAUACCGUACCGUAUAUGCGUACCCUAGAAUUGUCCAUUGCCCACCCUAGAAUUCUGACCUACCAAUUUAAAAUUCUAUGAUGAACGCGAAAAUACAAAAUAUACAAAGAAAAAAUCAAUAAAAUCAGUCGACCUGUGUCGGAGGCCAGCGUCCAUAAACAUUGUAAACGAAAUUUCUAUAUUGAGUGUAGACUCUGCUCAGCGGCAUGAGAGGGGCCAGGCCCACCCUAGGAAAUAAUCCUGGAUACGCCACUGUACGCCGAUGUACACAUUUUAAUUUUAAAACAGAAAAAUAUUGUUUUAAGAUAAGAAAUAUGUCAAUUAUUUAACUGGAUUAACCAACAGGCUGUAACAACGCAUUCUUACAACGGCCACACUGUGACAAACUAUAUAACGCCAGCUACACACUGUCUAGGGGUUAGGGAUGUAAAAGCGAAUAAAAGAUGAAAAUUUCGAUAUUUUAACACUGCCCACAUCCUUUAAGAGUGCUGCAAACUUGACGGUAUGCUUCAACGUGUGUGGUUGGCGUAAUUGAGUCCUAUUGCAGUAGAGGAUUAUGGGGUAUAUCGACAGAAGGGUGCGACGGGGGCUCGGGCUACUAGUAAAGAAUACGACAUUGUCAUGACGUAUUAUUUACUAGCAGCGACCUAACGCGCGUGUAUUUCAGUUUUUCAGUCAGGAGCGUAGCUACCGCCGAAUGAGCCAUAUCGAAGAUACGGAGCCCCCAGAACUACAAGGGCCCCUUGCGUGUGAAAACAAAAAUUAGUAAAAUAUAGGUAAUCUACAAUCUAACAUAGAUUGUGGAUUGUGGACCUAUAUUUUACUAAUUUUUGUGUAAGCGUGAGCCCAAAAAUUGGAAACAUCCUACAUAGGUUAAAAUAUUUUUGUUUCUUUUGUUCGAAAUCUUUACCCUACAUUUGAGCCACCAAUUUUGAUACAAGGCCCUCCAAAGCACGCUACGUCACUGUUUUUCGCAAAUCAUUUUUCAUUGGUUCAUGCGUUCUAAAGAUUAGCACGGAAAAGACAUACAGAGAGAGACUAAUUUUUUAUUAAAGCUUGUUAGUGUUUUGGUAAAUAACUAUAUGCACUUGAUAAAACACAGAUAUUUUGUUAUGACAGACAGACACUUAAAUUUUUUUAAUGUUGCCGCCCGCUCCUCUGUCGCUCCCCUCUGUCAUAGCCUCUGUACGCCGACGAGGGCUCAUUUCAGGGGCGUAGCCACCGCCGUAUCAGCCGUAUCAAUGAUAUGGGGCUCCGGAUUACAGAGGCCCCCCAUGUGUGAAAGCUAACAUUAGUAAAAUGUAAUCCUCAAUCUCCUUUGGUUUGAAGGACCUAUGAAUUCCCGUAUAUUCAUAGGUUCUUCAAACAUCUUUAUGUUUUAAGAAAUCUUUACCUUCCUUAAAGGGCCCCCUAAAUAAUUUUGACACAGGCCCCUUCUAAGGCACGCUACGCCACUGACUCAAUUAUACAGUUUGGUUAUAUUUGACCACGUCUUGUCCACUCUUCUCUCUCUCCAUUCUCAACUCUCCUUUUUGAUAGUGGAGAGAUAAUUGAGAAGACGUCGAAAGCGUUAGUCCUUUGAGUUGAAACACAAGCAACAAAGUUUUGGAUUCUCAAAAGUUCUCAAACCGAAAUUGAAAGAAACAUAAUCUGUAAUAAAAUGCAUGCCAAGAUGAGAAGACAUAACUUUGUCUCGCUAUCUCUUUCUUAGCAAUAGGACAAAAGAGGAAGAAAUAUAUAAAUUGUUGUCUUGGCGCGCAUUUUAGAAAGCUCACUCUAUAUAAACUAUAUCUAUUAAUUAACUAUGAUUUAAGGGUUGAUAGUGUUUCAAGCUUAGGUUUCAAGCGAUUUAUAGUUUUGUUAUUAGUGACACCACGUUUUACAAUCGACAAAUUGGUGCGACUUGUAUGUCUGUAUAUAGUCAAAGACAAAAUUCAAGACUCCAAAGAAUGAACCUAAACUAAAAAGCAAAAAAUAACAUCUUACCUAUGUGCUACCUUCUGAUCAGUUUGAAGGCGGUGCCAAUCUAGUGUAAUGUUUUAAUUAAAGCCGUUUCUGAAAGAACCACAGAAAUUUUGUAAUUUAAACGGCUUAAAUUAAAACAUCACUGGCUUGGCACCGCCUUCAAACAGAUCAGAAGGUAGCACAUAGGUAAGAUGUUAUUUUUUGCUUUUUAGUUUAGGUUAAUUUUUGAGUUGGAAGUCGGUUGAAUUUUUUUUAUUAAAUUUUUUUUAAAUUCAAUUUAAUCAUCAGAUAUAACUUACCUAAUGUCAGCCACUGACGAUCAAGUAAUCUAACAUGCCUGCAGCGCUAACGGCUUGACAGCCGAUAAAACUGAUCAUGUGUUGGUCGCGAUAUGCUUGUCAUCAUGCCGAUAACAAUUAUUUUAAUGCGCACAACUCAUUAAUAAUAUUGAUUUUAAUAAAUUGUACAAAAACUAUCGACCCUUAAAAAUGUUCAACUAAAAUAUCAUAACCAUGAAAAUUGGAAAAAAAAAACGUUAAAGCAAAAUAUGUAAUUUAUAAUAAUUUUAUAUAGUUAUUAUAAAAAUUAUAAUGUUAAUUAGUAUCACUGAAUUGUGUUAAUAUAUUGUUGUAUGUAUUGUUAGAAUAUUUCGAUGUCAUUAUCAAUCAAAAACACAUCUUUCAUGAUACAGUAGCGCCAUAGAAAAAUAAAUACCUUGCUGAGUUUGUUGUGGGCGCUUUUGGAACCUUCAUAACUUUAAUUUUAAGUUUUCGACUAAUUAUUAUCACCAUUAUCUAAUACUAUAAUUACCUGUCGUUUCGAAAGUGCUUGUAAACGAAGCCUAAUAAAAUAAAUGAACGUUGACUUUGACAUACCAAUCAUAGAAGAAAACACUGCUUACUCGGAAAUUUUCUAAACUACAUUAUUUGUUGAAGGUUAAAACAUUGCAAGAACGAGUUGAGUAAUUGCAUGUAUCUAUAAUCUAUAAUAUAGUAUAUAUUUUUUGUUAAAAACAUAUAAAAUUAUUUUUUAUGGGCAUUAAAAUGACGCCAUAAUUCAUUAAAAAAAAUGCGAAAUAUCUAUAAUAUAUUUAGUAAACAUACUUUGAAAUCCGAAUUUAAUGUCGCUUUUUACAUCGGUUGCCUGUAUUUUAAAUAUUUACCUAAUUAUGAAAUAAUUAUUGUUACAAACAAAAGUGACGCUGUAUUUUAUAGUCAUUUGUUUUAGAUUCAUCUAUUUUUUUUUUUAGAACAUUUGGUAAUGAAAAUUCAAUACAUUUAGUUUUAAUCACACUUUUAACUAGGUAUGUUACCUAAUUGCAGUCAACCAAUGCGACACACGCGGUAUGGCAAUUUAAUUAUUUCAAAUAUAAUAUACAUAAUAUAUACUAUGUUUUAUGUUUUCUUUAUACAGGGUGCUGGGGAGUAUUUUCCAUAACUUCAAGGUGUUAAAGAGUCCACUUAUAGAAGCCGAACUGCAUAUUUUUUAACAAAAAAUAAAUAAAAACUUUUCAUGUUUCAUACAAAGUAAUUCAAAUAAUUCCGACUAUCCAUAUCACACACGCCUUUAUCUAACUUUGCAAGUUUGGAGACGUGACUAUUAUAAGGAUGCAUUCAGGGGACACAUUAUAAGAUAUUACAAAAGAAAUAUUAUUUACUCCAAAAACACAAUUACACCACAAUAUGUUCCUUGUACAUUUUGAAUAAAUUUUUGUUAAAGAAUAUAACCCUAGAGUUAUGGAAAAUACCUACUCCCGAGCAUCGUGUAUAUAGGUUAUAAACCCAAAUUUUGUCAUUCGCUGCCAGAUGAACUGCAAAACUGUUAGGGUACUUCCUGAAGUCGUAGAAAACUAAAAUUUUGUAUGCAAGUUAGGAUUAGCACACAUAAAUAACAAUUUACCUUAAAAUAGGGGUUUGAAAAUUUUAAUGAAAUUUUCGAUAAUUUCAAGCCAGCAUCAUAAAAAUUUGUAAAUAUGUAGUAGGUAUAUUAGUUACAAAUUAAAAAAAAUAUUUAGCAUAUUUGAAAAAUAACUCCUCAAUCCCUUAUAGGUAUAAAGGGUUGAGGAACUAUUAAAAAGUUUUAUUUUUUGUCACCCUAAAAUUGAUCAAGAAUACACGUAGGUGUAUGCGAGGGAACCUACAUAUUUGUCGACUAAGAGCUUGGAGCAGCUAGACUUACCACAUUUUAUAAAGGCUAGAAAUAGACAGCCUGUGUUCCAACCAUAGGUAACGGCAAGAGUUUAGACUGUGGUCAAAGAUUUUAUAUAGAUAAUUGUCACUAACGUGUCGAAUCUAAGGCGAUCAAAGGUCUAAUAAGGCUAAUUGUCUUAAUUAUUUAGUCGCAUACCCAGUAAAUAACGAAAGUUAUUUAAACAAAUAAUAUCUAAAUAUUGUCUACAAUGUCGAGGUGUGUAUUCAAAAAGUAUAAAAGCAUAGCUCGGGAGUAUUUCCCAUAACUUCAAGGUAUUAACGAGACCUCUUAAAGGAACCAAACUGCAUAACUAAUAGUUUAUUAACUACAAAAAAAUAUCCAUGUAACACGUGUAACACACUCACGCAACAUUGCUAUUUAAGAUAUAAACACGUAUUCUAAAGAUGCGUAUAAGGGACACAUUUUAAGAUCUAUUUACAAAAGAAAUAUUAUUUACUCCGAAAAGAUUCAUUUUAGAACACAUGUUCCUUGAACAUUUUGAAUUAAUUUUUGUUAAAGAAUAACCCUAGAGUUAUGGGAAAUACUCCCGAGCACCCUGUAUAAUGUAAGCUUAUUGGAUCAGUUAAAUUUGGAUCAUUUUUUGCGGUGAUUUUAUAGGCACGAAACAUUUCGAUAUGAGUCAAAAUUACCGUAUUGGCUAUAGUUUGGCUAAUGAAAGUAGAGUCUGAAAUCAUCCGCCUAAUUAAAAAAAAAAUGAGUAAAUUCUCAAAAUGAUAGUGCAAAUAUUGAAACAACUGAGUUUAAUACAUAAAGUCUAAGUAGUAGGUAAUGUAUUCACAAACAAAAAAAAAAUAAUUUAAAUAAAUUAUAAUGAAAACGCAUGUUUUUUAAUUUGUUUAAAUGUUUUUUUUUAAUUUAGCAGGCGAUUUCAGUAUCCACUUUACUUUUAUUAGCCAAACUCUACCUUAAUUUUGGCAGAAACAAACUUGCAGUCUUCAUAAAAUGUGGAUCUGGCUAGCGCUGGCCCUCUUUCUAUUCAUUUUGAUUUCCGAAUAACGUUUCAUUGUCACUUCUGACAUAAACGUUGCUCAAUUUAGAUUUUAUUUAUUAACGAGAGUUUAAUGAAAUAUAUGCUAUGUUUUUUUUCAUAACAUGAUAAAUGUGGUUGUGACUUAACACUGGUAAAGUGCGAGCAAAUCACGUCGAAGUUCCUUUUUUAAAUUUGAGUGACUUUGAAAUGUUAUUCUGAGUUUUUUUUUUUUAAUUUUAAUUAUAUUAUGCCUCAGACCAAUUAUUGUAUAGACCUGCCUCGCUAGACGUUACUUUUCUGUCAAAGUAUAUGAUCAACGAUCUAAUGCGAUUAUAAAAACUGUCUCUAUAGAAUCAAUGUAAUAGUUGUAAUCGUGUUCGUCGAUUAAAGAGCUUUGUAAAAAUACCUUUUUGUGUAAGUGAAUUGUGUAAAAAACGGGCAAAAACUUCUAGUUUAGUAUAGGAUAUAUACAAAAUCUAAGCUCGUUUUCCUUAGAAAAUGACAGACAAUUUUGUUCGUGACUAUAAGUGCGAUACAGGUCCUUCUAUAAUUGGUCUGAGUAUUAUGCUGAUAAAUAUUGUGGUGUAUACUGUCAGCUCUUUAUACGAUACUUGGUGUUUAAGUAAUAGAAUAAAAUAUGUACCUCACAUUUUAUUCUAUUGAAUAUAUGUAUUUAAUUAUUUUUGUAAUUGAAGCCGUGUUUUUUUACAUGACUGAUAUUCCCUUUUACCCAUCAACUACGGGAGUAGUCAUGUGAGAAGUGGGUAUGACAAUAGUCCAGAGGCUCAUUGGACUUAAGUUUGACUACUUCGUAGCACUAUAGUCUGGCAAGUUAGUUGAUGACACUCCCAUGAUAUGCGGGCGACGGGAGGAAAGAUUGCGUGGGUGUGAAAUCGUGCGUGCGGGGAAGUGACGUGCAUCAGUCAUUUCAUUUCUCGCUAUACGCCCCCUGGCCCGCGCGGGCCAUCGGGAGUGUUACGAAUGAAGUUGCCAAGCUACAAACUUAUUAUAGACUUUAAUUACUCAGAAGUACUUUUUGUCAAGUAAAAAGUCCAAGUAUUUCAAUUUUUAUACAAUGACAAUAGACCAAUCAACUUUUUUAUAUGAGUUUUUAACCGACUUCCAAAAAGGAGCAGGUUCUACGUUCGGCUGUAUGUAUGUUUUUUUUUGUGUUUAUUUUUGUGUUAUAUAAAAAUAUUUCUAUUAUUUUUUGUUGAAAUAUUUUAUUUAUCUGCUAAUUUAAAUUAGCAGUGGGACGACUCUUAUAAUACCUAAUGAUCGAACUUCACUAUUAGUCGGAGGAUUCAUUCCAGACAGUCGUAGAAUAAAACGAAAAUACACUACAAUUAUUAAUGUAAACUUUAUUAUUUAACUAGUAAAAUGACAUUUCAGUGACAGUUGCACUUGUCAUCAUAGUGACUGGAAUUAAUAAUCUUACUAUAAGUUCGUUUUAUUCUACGACUGUCUGUACCGACCUUUAAAUCUAUGAGUAUAAUUUGAUUAAUAUGUAACUAUGACUACAAUGUAAUAAAAAAAUUAGAAAAUGUUUAUUUUUAAUUGGAGAGCGAACUUUUUGUAUUGUCUGCGAUAAUGAAGUAAUGCUACGAAGUUAGAGCUGUAAAAAUCCACCUUUAGGUCUAAUAGUUUGAGAACAACGAAAUUUUGAAAAAAAUAAUGGUGUCAUAUUAAAUAGUGCAUGAUCGUAUAUUACGAGAUUCGGGCGACGAUUUUUUCAUUACUGGAAAAUGAUUUUACACAUUAGUUAAGGGUUAAAACCAAUAACCACGCAUUGUAGUACCGUAACGUAAAUCUUAUGACGGUAUUUAUAUAUACCAUAAAAUAUAUAAUGUAAUACGUAUUUCGACUAUUUAUAGAAUACAGUAUAAAUAACCGAAAUCAUCCACCAUACUUAAUCGAGACAAUUCUGAAAUUAUAAAUUUCUUGCCUCGAGCCGCCAAUAUAAAAUGGCUGCCGAAAAUUUGAAUUCCGAACUCAGAAUAAAAAAUUCGCCGCCUAUGUGUGUCUGUGUUCGUAAUCCACGUAAUAUACGAUCUCCAUAAUUUUCAAAGAAAGAAUCUCAGCAAACGACUAAUUAAAAAAUAAUAAUAAAGGUUUCGAAUGCUAUGUGUAUUCAGAAAUCAUUAUUAUAUUAGGUAAAAUAUAAUAGUUCUAAUAUAUUUAUUAAUAUUGUAAUGUAUAAAUUAUAUAAAACGUAAAAUAAGUCAGUAUUAACAAAAACCAAAAAAGUGUAUGUACCUACGAAUACUAAUAUAAAAUAAAAUUCUAAUAAUAAAUGUA